AAGCAUGCAGUAAAUGCCCCAACCUGAAAGUUUCGUCGAGUGAUGAUGACGUAGUUGUGUGCCGAAGCUCAAAGAUGGCUACGGCGGGUUGGCUGCAUGGCUCCGCCAGUAUGCGGCUGACCGAGGGGUUAGUGUCAGUUUUGAAAGAGGAGCGACCCGAAUAUUUGCCCUCACUUUUGGCAAAUUAUCGGGAGCAUGGAGUGGUCUCGGCACAGAGUUGUGGAGCGGUUGGUGGUCUCGUGGGACUCAGCAAUGCACGUCUAGGCUCAAGCAAAACCAGGUUUGAGGGUCUCUGUCUUCUGUCAGUGCUGGUGAAGGAUGGCUCCAAUGAACUAUUUCAGCAGCAUUGCUUGUCCUGGCUGCGUUCUCUGCAGCAGGUCAUUCAGUCCCAGGCCCCUCUGCCCUCAGUUCAGAUGGCAGUUAUUGCGCUCCAGGACCUGCUGCAGUACUCCUCACAGAUCCCAGAACUGGCCAGGGAGAUUGGACUCAACUCCAUCCUGGGCAUCUUGACCUCCCUGCUUAGCCUAAAGGCAGAGUCCCACCUGGUGGCGAUGGAAGGUAUGAUGGCGUGUAUGACUUACUACCCCCGCGCCUGUGGCUCUUUGAGGGAAAAGCUGGGUGCCUAUUUCCUGUCUAAAAUGGAUUCUGAUAAUCCCAAAGUGCAAGAGGUGGCAUGUGAGUGUUACGGCCGCCUGCCAUGCCUGGGGGGCGUCCUGGAGAGGGGGGGUGGCAGUCGCAGAGCCGAGAGCUGGACCAAUCAGACGCAUUGCCUCCUGGCUUCAGCUAACAGCAUUCUGGCAAAGCUCUACCAAGGAGCAGAGACUGACGCGGUGGUGCAGUACGAGGGCCCAGGCCUUGAGUUGCCCUUUUCUCCUCUUGAUGACAUCGAUCCUCUGCUGGUUCUCCAGUUCAGACACCGUUACAGGGCUGUGUGCCUGGCUCUCAAAAACACACUCAGCGUGGACCCAGGCUCUCCCGUCCGAUUACCUGUCCAGCAUGUUCUCAACUUUGUGUGUCGGGCGUUGGCUGUGAGCAGCAAGAACAUUAACCUCACAGGUGAUGGCUGCCUGAAGCUGCUGGUGUUGCCCUCUAUCCACAGUGAGACGGUGGAGGUCCUGUCUACGCUCAUCAAAGUAGCUGGCGGGAGUCUGGUCCAGUACAGCAGUGUGCUGACGAGGCUGUUCUCUCAGUCUCUGUCAGCAUGGACACCCCCACCAGAGGCCAGCGUCGGACAACAGAGGGCAUACUGUGCUGUACGUGUGUGCCUCUACCGCACACUUGAGCUGUGGGUGCGAGUGGGAGGAGCCUCUGCAUCGGUACUGCAAGGAAGCCCCACCCACACGGAGAUUCUCUUCACUCAUCUAAUGAGUGACCUCACCCCUGGGUCAGAAGCCAUCAAGCUUAAGGUGGGGCCCUCUUCAGGAUCGGACAUGGUUGGCCCAAAGGCAGGGCCUCGGCGGACCAAGGGUUUAGCUCUGGGUGACACGGGUACCAUGACGAUGCAGAGGAAGGGAGACGCACUGGCCAAUCAGGACACCUGCCUGUCUGCACUGAGAGUUCUGAGACACAUUAUUCUCAACUGCGGGACUCUUCUGAAAGAUGAGCUACACAAGAGACUGCAGGACAUUGUGGUUCCCCUGUGUGUGCGGCUGCAGCAGCAGCAGCAGUUGUGUGAUGUGGUGUUGAGUGGUCAGUACGGAAGUCCUGCCCCCCGCCGGGAGCUCUACCGCCUCCUGCUGGCCCUGCUGCUGGCGCCGUGUCCGCGCUGGCCUCCUCCACUCCCUUGUGCCGUCUCCCUGUUUAGCCAUGGACGCCAUGACCGCAGUUUAAAGGUGUCCUCCUUCUGUGCCGAGGCUUUGACCAUAUGCAACUGCUUGCUGCACCCUCGCACCCCCUCCAUCUCUCUCCCACUGCCUCCCCUCGCCCUCAAACCUACCUCAUCUGCGCCUGUCAUUCCGCCCUCCCAGAACCCCGUCUUGACCCUUCCUACCCUCCUGGCCGGCCCCUCUCCAGGCCCUCCGUUCCCGUCCCGCCACCCUCUCUCUCUGGGCUCCUUGGAGAACCACUUGUCCCUGGCGGCUCCUGUGCUGCCCCCCUCAGCCAUCCCCGGCACCCCCGGUGAUCUGCUCCUGUCCCCCUCACAGCCGGCGGACCUGGCAGGCCUGGGGGCCCCGGAGGCCCAGCGGCACAUCUUCAUUCGCUACGACAAAGAGGAGCCGGAGGAUGUGGAGAUCUCUCUGGAGAGCGACUCCGACGACAGUGUGGUGAUUGUGCCCCCCGGCGUACUUACGCAGGAGGGGCAAGAUGGUGCAUCUAACUCUCAGCCCAUGCCCAGUAGCUCAGGCACCCCCGUCCAGGGUCCUGUGGCUGGUCCGUGCCCCUCUGCGGUUCCCACGGUGUCAGGGACGGAGGCGGUCAGUUCUGGAGAUGCUCCACUAACCAGUGACCUCCCCACCCCCACAUCUCUCCCCCACCAGGUCCUGCCUGCUACCCCCAGCACCAGCAGCUCCUUCCCAGGGAGCCAGGCCACCCCACUGGUGCCUCUGGUGCCUCCUCUGAGCUCCGCCACCCCUCUGGCACCCCCUCCCGUGGUCCUGGGAGAGCCACUGCCCAGUGCCCAGCUCCAGCAGAUGCUGAUGCAGCCCUCGCCAUCACCAUCCGGGUUGGGAAUGUCUAUGCAAGUCCACAUGCACAACCACAUGAGCCAGCUGGUCGUCAGGCAGCAACAGCAGAACAUCGCCGGCGAGGAAGAGCAGACGGUCAUCAAUAUUAACAGUACUGAUGAUGAGGAUGAGGAGGAUGAAGAGAUAGAGGAUGAAGAUGAGAUGGGGGAGGAGGAGGAGGAAGGGCUAGACGAGGAAGAGGAGGAGGAGGAAGGAAGUGAUUUCCCAGAGGAGGAUGAGUACUAUGAUGGCUUUGAGGAGUAUGAUGAAGACGAGGAGGAAGGAGAAGACAUCGAGGAAGAGGAGGAAGAAGGGGCAGAAGACAUCCCACCACUAGAGGGAGAGAGUGAGCGGGGCAUAAUGGGUAGGGAGGAUGGGGAGGUGCUCAGGCCAGAGGAGGAGAGGGGGAUGGAGCUAUUCAGCAUGGACAGAGAGAGACUACAAGGGGAAGGAGGUGACCUUGCAGAGGAGAAAAGAGGAGUCUGUGAAGAAGAAGAGGAGGAGGAGGAGGGGGAGGGGGUGGUGGAUGCUAAGGAAAGAGUGAGCUUAGAAGAAAAGGAUGCGACUGGAGCAGCAGAGAGGGAGGAAGGUAUCUCUACAGCAGCACAGAGAGAGAGGGAGAGAGAGAGGGAGAGAGAGAGGGAGAGAGAGAGGGAGAGAGAGAGGGCCCUGGGGCCACACGUGGAGGGGCAGGAUGAGGGGACCAGCAGAUUGGAGAUGGGCACAGCGGACGUAGGGUCAUGGGAUCAGAAAGAGGGUCUACUGGAGGGUGUGUCCUCCCUAGGAGCAGGUGGCGCAGAACAGAUCCAGGGGGUUGGCCCCGAGGGCAGGGAUCUGGGAGGCCUCCCGCAGGCCAGACCGGAGCCAGAAGAGCUUGCCAGUUGUAGUGAUGUCAACGCCCCUGGGAAGGAAAUGAGGUUGCCAGGCAUGGAGGAAGCACCCAAAGCAGGAGCAGAGGGGGAGGAGAAGGAGGGAGAGGGGGAUUCAAGAGGAAUCAAGCGGAAGUUGGACGAUCUGGAGGAAGAGGUUGGGGAGGAAGGCACUGAGAAGAAGAAGAUGGAUGAUGAGGCCAUGGCGUCAAUGCUGGCUGAUUUUGUGGACUGCCCACCUGACGAUGAGGAAAACAUCCCUUCCUCUCCGUCCCACUCUUAGGCUUGGAUGAAGCGGGAUCUCAGGAGGACUCCAGAAAUGGCCCCCUUUUCAAUUCUCCAUCAUGAUUGGAAGCUUUCUUGUCUUGUCAUUGUCUGUUCCGGUCCCAAUGGAAUGAAUUGUCCUUUUAUUUCCAUCCCAUUCGAAGUGCUGAAUGGAAUCAGUGAUGUGUUUAGAAGGAUUAUGGCUCGUUACAUCUACUGUCUGUUAUAGAGGUGGUGACACCAUCAUGUAUAUUGAUGUGGGGGGUCAGUUUCAGUGAUGAUCUUUUUAAAGCUUUCCUGAAAUCAGACUUUCUAACAAGCACAAUGUGAAACAUUAGCCCCAAGAACCUGUGACGAUACUAGGAGAUACUGGUCUUGUCUGCAAGAUGGUAAAAGGAUGCCGCAGCAGUGGGGAGUGGGACAGGAGGGUAUCCAGAGAGGUGCUCACAUUUAUGUCACAUGGAUAUUUGAAAGGCCAAACGGAUCUUUGUUUUAACCGUCAAUGCCAUGCAUGCUCUGAUGGAGCUUAUGUGUAAUAUUGUCCUUCAGCUCUUUCAAUAUUCUGUUUCAAUUAUUAUUAUUAUUUUGGUAUACAAAAUAAACAUUGUAGACUCGUGAUUUAAA